CUUUGCUCUACUGCCAGGUCAUCCUGCAUGGUAGCUGUAAAGCGCCAAAUGGCGUUGAAACGUACGUCACUGCUAACGUUACUGCUGUUAAUCACCAUGGUUCUAGCCUGUAGUGGAGUCCUUGUUAGGUCUUCAAAGACCGGGAGAAGGCGCAACACUAACAAUGAAAUGAAGGGUCAAGGGGCACUGACAGAGGGUGCAUGUCAAGGAUUUGAGUGUGGAAUUGGUCAAGAGUGCAAAAUGACGACUGAAGGGGAGACUAUAUGUGUCUGUAUCCAGCAUUGCGAACAUCAGGGUAUCCGUCUACUCUGCGCAUCUAAUGGUGUGACGUAUACUAGUGAAUGUGAGCUACAGAGGGCUGCAUGUCGACAUGAUGCCCAGCUCUUCAUUGAACAUGAUGGGGUUUGUGCUUCGUUACGCACAGAUUCUGCAAAGACCAUGUCGAGUCUGAAUUCCCGUGAGCAUCCUAUUGCCUGUUAUCAAGACCAGAGGGACACAUUGCAGCGUGAAAUCGUCGAUUGGCUACAAGCAAUCCAUCUGCCUUCGGUACUGGGAGAAAGCUCUUACGAGGCACUACUACAAGAUUGCUUUGUGAGAUUUGACGACUCCCAGAAUGAGUUCCUUGAACCAUCUGAGUUCCUUAAGUUUAUUGAGCACAAUGAGACUCUUCAGAAAGCUAGCGACUUGUAUAGGGACUAUGAGGAGGACACUUUGUUACGUGGUCUAUGUGUAGACGCUCUCCUUGCUGAAGCUGAUGAGAACUUUGACUGGAAAUUGAGUUUAUCUGAGUUCAUGAAAGUUAUGAUGCCUGGAUUCAUCCCACCAACCAAGUUGUGCUCCUUAGACGGCAAAUAUUUUAUGGAUGGCGAAGAAAAGAGGAGCAAGUGCAACGUCUGCGUUUGUGCCUGUGGUAACUGGGUUUGUACAGCAAACGUCUGUGAUGGAAAAUUGAUUGCAGAGAGAGAGUUUCGGGACGUUAUUGCGUAGUGAGAAGUGAAAUUGUUGAGGACAUUUCUCUUCCAGAAGAGGAGGCCAUCUCCAAAGACAAGUGGCCAGAGAUCAUGAAGAAAUUAUCAUCCUUGGAGCCUCAGAAGUUUCCACGACACUAGCAAAAUGUCAGACAACUGGCUAUCACAAUAAUCUGAAAGUUAAGAAGUCGUUGAUUCAGAAAAAGGAAGUAAACUAGGAAGAAUGUUUAAAACCUCCUUUCUUAGGUUUUGUAAGCUUCCCAGGGAGGGCGUAUAUGGAAUUAUUUCCUCUUACAGUACAGUGUACUGUAGAGAAAAUUUGAAGAAAUUAAAGGGAAAUUCAACC